AUGCUACGCCAACAAAUGAACGAGGUAGACCUUUUGAUACUGGGGGCUGGCUGGACUUCGACGUUCUUGAUUCCGCAACUGAGCGACACCGACAUUACGUACGCGGCUACCACCACCUCAGGGAGAGAUGCUACGAUACCUUUCAAAUUCGACCCCGAAUCUGGAGAUGCAGAGCCGUACAAGCGACUUCCAGCUGCCAAAACGGUCCUCAUCACAUUUCCGUUAGUCGGUCACGGCCAAUCAAAGAGCAUUGUCGGACUGUACCGCUCCGUUCACGGCGCGAGGAACAACUGGAUUCAACUCGGCUCAACCGGAAUCUACAACAAGGUACCUGACGAUUGGAGUGACGAAGAUGCGCAUUACAACAAGGAAGACAAGCGAGCUAUUGCAGAGGACGAACUGCGCUCGCUCCAUGGCUGUGUGUUGUGUCUUGCAGGUCUUUAUGGAGGCGAGCGUGUUCCUGCGAGGUGGUUGCCACGUAUCGUCAAAUCCAAAGACGAUAUCAAAAAACGGGGCGCCGUUCAUUUCAUCCAUGGCGAGGACGUCGCGCAAGCCAUCAUUGCGACGCACCAGAACUUCACGCCUGGCAAACGUUGGAUUGUUUCCGACCUGCGCGUCUAUGAUUGGUACGACCUCAUCAUGAGCUUCAGCUCUAUGACUGAAUCUUCCAUGUCUCAGGAAGAGAAAAUGACGCAGCAGCAGUAUGCGAAGUGGGUUGGCGAGCUAAUGAUGGAGGAGGAUAUUCGUGCUCUACCAAGGGACGUGAGCUCGUUGGGACGAAAGCUGGAUUCAAGACGCUUUUGGGCCUUUCACGGGCUGCUGCCACGCCAUAGACGUCUAGCUUAG